AUGACAGCUGCCAGGCUUCAACGAUAUGCUGUGUUUUUGUCGGAACAUUCCUAUGAUAUCGAGUACAAAAACACUACAAAGCAUUGUAACGCGGACGCGCUUUCGCGGCUUCCAUUGAAAGGUAGUUCAGACGGAGCUACGGACCCUGUGGACCUUUUCUACACUGCACAGAUCGAAACACUACCUGUAACUAGUGCACAAAUUCGUCAUGAGACAUCUCGAGAUUCCACGUUAUCUCGAGUGUACGACAUGUUAAUGUUGGGAACAUUGAAGAAAACAGAUGACCCUGAUAUCAUACCUUACAUAAAUCGACAGGAUGAACUUUCCGUACAUCAAGGUUGUAUAGUAUGGGGUAACCGUGUAAUAAUACCAAGUGGCCUACAGGAAAGAGUUCUUACAGAACUACACGAUGGACAUCCAGGAGUGGUCCGGAUGAAAUCUGUUGCGAGAUCCUAUGUUUGGUGGCCAAACAUUGAUAAACAAAUUGAACAGUUGUGUAGUUCAUGUCUAGGAUGUCAACGAUCGGGACACAUGCCGAAAUCUGCACCAGUACACCCUUGGGAGUGGCCUUCCAACCCAUGGCAACGGAUACAUGUUGAUUUCGCAGGGCCUUUCAUGAACUUCAUGUUUUUAAUAGUUAUUGAUGCGCAUUCCAAAUGGCCUGAGGUAUUCACCAUGAGAUCCACUACAACCACGCUCACCAUCGAGUUACUACGCAAUUUAUUUGCUCGUCAUGGUAUUCCUGAGCAAUUAGUCUCAGAUAACGGACCUCAGUUAAUUUAUGAAGCAGAAUGGUAUUCGACAUAG